AUGUGUUUAUGGUGGGAGAAUACCGGAGUACCCGAUGAGAAACACGGGGAGAACAUGGAAACUCCACACAGACGGGCCCAGAACAACCUGGAGUCCAAGCCAGAAGCUUCUUACUUGUUUGGCAUUUCAAAAGUGUGUGUGAAAGAGGAGGCGCGGCCCAAAGGCUGGGGGGAGGGUCUGAAACCGAACGGACACCUAAUGGACAGCACUGUUGGGGAACGACUACGGCAACAACAGAUCAAGUUGAGGGAGCAGGAUUAUCAUGAGCGGAUCGGGAAAGACUCAUCCUACGAACAAGAAGGGAAGGUUCAGUUUGUGAUAGACGCAGUUUAUUCCAUGGCUCAUGCUCUACAUAACAUGCACAAGGAUCUCUGCCCUGGAAAAGUUGGCCUCUGCUCCAAGAUGGAUACCAUCAAUGGCACACUGCUGCUCAAGUACAUUCGCAAUGUCAACUUCACAGGAAUUGCUGGCACCCCGGUGGUCUUCAACGUGAAUGGAGAUGCUCCUGGUCGCUAUGAAAUCUACCAAUACCAGAUCAUAAAUAACACCACAGAAUACAAGAUCAUUGGCCACUGGACAGAUCAGCUCCACUUAGACACCAAUGAGAUGCAGUGGCCUGGUGAAUCACAAGAAGUCCCGUCCUCUAUAUGCAGCCAACCCUGUCGUCCUGGGCAGCGCAAGAAGACCGUGAAGGGAAUUCCAUGUUGUUGGCACUGUGAGAAUUGUGAUGGUUACCAGUAUCAGGCAGACACUUACACCUGCAAGAUGUGCCGCUUUGAUUUGCGGCCGAAUGCCAACCACACUGGCUGCGAUGCCAUUCCCAUUGUCAAGCUUGAGUGGAGCUCCCCAUGGGCAGUCAUCCCUGUCCUUAUUGCUGUACUGGGCAUCAUGGCUACAGUGUUUGUGGUCGCCACGUUUAUACGCUACAAUGACACACCCAUUGUUAAGGCAUCAGGCCGAGAACUGAGCUAUGUGCUGCUGACAGGAAUCUUUCUCUGCUAUGCUACAACAUUCCUUAUGAUCUCCACUCCUGAUGUGGUUAUAUGCUCCCUGCGAAGGAUUUUCCUGGGCCUGGGAAUGAGUAUAAGCUAUGCAGCACUGCUGACCAAGACCAAUCGGAUCUACAGGAUUUUUGAGCAGGGCAAGAUGUCGGUCAGUGCCCCUCGAUUCAUCUCCCCAGCCUCCCAGUUGGUCAUCACAUUCAGCCUGAUAUCCGUGCAGCUGCUGGGAGUGUGCAUCUGGUUUGGUGUUGACCCAUCACAAGCCAUCAUCGACUAUGAGGAUCAGCGCACAGCUAAUCCUAAAAUGGCCCGUGGUGUUCUGAAAUGUGAUAUAUCAGACCUCUCUCUCAUCUGUCUGCUGGGUUACAGCAUGCUCUUGAUGGUCACGUGCACAGUUUACGCAAUCAAGACCAGAGGGGUUCCGGAGACAUUCAACGAGGCCAAGCCCAUCGGCUUCACCAUGUACACCACCUGCAUCGUAUGGCUUGCCUUCAUCCCCAUCUUCUUUGGGACCUCACAAUCAGCAGAAAAGAUGUAUAUCCAGACCACAACCCUGACCAUCUCCGUAAGCCUCAGUGCAUCGGUCUCUCUGGGAAUGCUCUACAUGCCUAAGGUCUACGUGGUGCUCUUCCAUCCAGAGCAGAAUGUACCCAAGCGCAAGCGCAGCCUGAAGGCUGUGGUCACUGCAGCCACCAUGUCCAACAAGUUCAACCCCAAAGGUGGCUUGAGGCCCAAUGGAGAGGCCAAGUCUGAACUCUGUGAAAGUCUUGAAACACAAGACUGUGUUGAGGGAGGGGAGCCUUGUGAGGGACUUUAGACUCUCAGCUUUGGCUUCCAAACAGACAUACAUAAGCUACAGUAACCACGCCAUCUGAGCCAGAGACGAACAGUGGAAGCUGA